CCCGGAUGGCGGUCGCGGCGGCAGGGGCAGGGGCUGGGGCCGGCGCGGCCGCCACUGACGGGUAGCCCCGCGCCCGGAGCAGGCCCAGCAUGCAGCGCUGGAAGGCGGCGGCCUUGGCCUGGGCGCUGUGCAGCUCCCUGCUGACCGUCUGGAUGUGCCGAGAGGGCCUCGGACCCGCGCUGGCCCCGCUGCGCCGCCCGCCUCGGACCCUGGACGCCCGGAUCGCCCGCCUGGCCCAGUACCGGGCACUGCUGCAGGGCGCGCCGGACGCCGUGGAGCUGCGCGAGCUGACGCCGUGGGCGGGCCGGCCCCCAGGUCCGCGCCGUCGGGCAGGGCCUCGGCGGCGGCGCGCGCGCCCGCGCUCCGGCGCGCGGCCGUGCGGGCUGCGCGAGCUCGAGGUGCGCGUGAGCGAGCUGGGCCUGGGCUACGCGUCGGACGAGACGGUGCUGUUCCGCUACUGCGCAGGCGCGUGCGAGGCGGCCACGCGCGUCUACGACCUGGGGCUGCGGCGCCUGCGCCAGCGGCGGCGCGUGCGGCGGGAGCGCGUGCGCGCGCAGCCCUGCUGCCGCCCGACGGCCUACGAGGACGAGGUGUCCUUCCUGGACGUGCACAGCCGCUACCACACGGUGCGCGAGCUGUCGGCGCGCGAGUGCGCCUGCGUGUGACCCUACCUCACCGGCCCCGACGGCACGCCGCGACGGACUGCGCGUGCGCAGAGGACGGCCUCGCGGCCGGGGACUCUCGCGAUAACUGCCUUGAGAUAAAG